CUGCCCUGGCCCCGCCCCCGGGCGGUGGCGGCACGAGCGCGGCUGCGCGGCCAUGGCGUCGGCCUGCGCCGAGAUGGAGCAGCGGGCGGCGCCUCCUCCUUCUCCCCCUCCUCCUCCUCGUCCUCCCGCCGCCGCCGCCGCCGCCGCGCCGGGCUCGGCCGAGCUGGUGUGCGCGCAGGGCCGGAACCUGAAGGCGGUGCUGUGCCAGCGCUGCGGGUCGCGGGUGCUGCUGCCCGGCGCCGCCACCUUCGCCCGCCGUGAGCUCCUCCUGCCCGCCAUGAGGAAGAAGGCGGCGGCGGGAGGCGGCGGCGGCGGCGGCGGCGGCGGGGACCUGGUGCGGGAGCACUGGCUGGUGCGCGACAUGUUCUCCUUCGAGAACGUGGGCUUCACCCGCGACGUGGGCAACGUGAAGUUCCUGGUGUGCGCCGACUGCGAGGCGGGGCCCAUCGGCUGGCACUGCCUCGACGACAAGGACAGCUUCUACGUGGCGCUGGAGCGCGUGGCUCACGAGUGACACCGGCGCUGCCGCCUGGGCUGGGGACGGGGGCGAUGGCCCCUGCCAGGGGAGCCGGGCUCAGCCGGCGGGACCCCUGCCCGCCCCGCGGCCUGCCCGCGACCGGCUGAGCCAAGGCACACGGGCCGACGGCGGCCUGGCCGCCGCGCAGCCUUGCUGAUGGCGGCCCCACACCUGACUGACCCACACCUGACUGACCCACAGCGUGGCUGGUCACCCCAUAGCCACGGACUGACCGGCACCGGCACAGCCAGCUCCUCGCCCGAGCCCGCGCGGGAAGGACGUCGUUGGCGGGAGGGUGCCCCGCGACCUGCAGGGACGGCUCACCCUGACAAUUUUGCCAAAUAGCCCGGUCCGCCGCUGUCGCUAGGGGCGGCCCCAGGCCUUCCUGGCUGUUCUCCGUCACUUCUGCGGCUGCUGUUUUUCAAACGUGCUGUCUCUAAGGUCGAUGGGUUUGUGGCACAGCCAUGUAAAUGUGGGUGCUGGCACAAGGGCAAGGGGAGCACUGCUGCACUGAAUCAUCAUGGCAGCUUAAAUUGUCUGAACUACAGCCAAAGCAGUUACAGGGUUUAAGGCUGUAUCUUCUGUUGAUUUUUCAGAAGAAACGUUCCCUGCCCCAAAGCCUAACAUUUUGGUUCUCUAAAACCUCAUCCUAUUUGGCAACUGUAACCUGUACAUGGCACCUAAAGUGUUUGUAAGGCAUUUUAACUAACACUGUAUGCAGUUUUAUUAACUGAGUACUUGGAAAUAAAAUAAGAUACAGGUAGA